GCAGCCUCGGUUCUCGCGAGACUUGCUACUGUUUCCCCCCGCCCCCCCAACUUGCGCCUGCGCAGACUUCUUCAAACUAGAAGGUCGCGUUUGGAGGAAGUGUCGGCUUUAGGUCCCGUGGCCGUAGCGCCGUUACUACUUCUGUGAAGCUCUUCUCGGCCUCUUGCCGAGACACUCCGCAGCCAAGAUGCCUCGAAUUAUGAUCAAGGGGGGCGUGUGGAGGAAUACCGAGGAUGAAAUUCUGAAAGCAGCAGUAAUGAAAUAUGGAAAAAACCAGUGGUCUAGGAUUGCCUCCCUGCUGCAUAGAAAAUCAGCAAAGCAGUGCAAAGCCAGAUGGUAUGAGUGGCUGGAUCCAAGCAUUAAGAAAACAGAAUGGUCCCGGGAAGAAGAGGAAAAACUUUUGCACUUGGCCAAGUUGAUGCCAACCCAGUGGAGGACCAUUGCGCCAAUCAUUGGAAGAACAGCUGCCCAGUGCUUGGAACACUAUGAAUUUCUUUUGGAUAAAGCUGCACAAAGAGACAAUGAAGAGGAAACGACAGAUGAUCCACGGAAACUUAAACCUGGGGAAAUAGAUCCAAAUCCAGAAACAAAACCAGCUCGGCCCGAUCCGAUCGAUAUGGAUGAGGAUGAACUUGAGAUGCUUUCUGAAGCUAGAGCGCGCUUGGCAAAUACUCAGGGAAAGAAGGCCAAGAGGAAAGCAAGAGAGAAACAGUUGGAAGAAGCAAGGCGUCUUGCAGCCCUCCAGAAGAGAAGAGAACUUAGAGCAGCUGGCAUAGAGAUUCAGAAGAAGAGAAAAAAGAAGAGAGGAGUUGAUUAUAAUGCUGAAAUCCCAUUUGAAAAAAAGCCUGCUCUUGGUUUCUAUGAUACUUCUGAGGAAAACUACCAGGCUCUUGAUGCAGAUUUCAGAAAAUUAAGACAACAGGAUCUUGAUGGGGAACUAAGAUCAGAAAAAGAAGGAAGAGACAGAAAAAAAGACAAGCAGCAUUUAAAAAGGAAAAAAGAAUCUGAUUUACCAUCAGCUAUUCUUCAGACUAGUGGUGUUUCUGAAUUUACUAAAAAAAGAAGCAAACUAGUACUUCCUGCCCCUCAGAUUUCGGAUGCAGAACUCCAGGAGGUUGUAAAGGUAGGCCAAGCAAGUGAGAUUGCACGUCAGACUGCCGAGGAGUCUGGCAUAACAAACUCGGCCUCCAGCACGCUCUUGUCUGAGUACAAUGUCACCAACAACAGCAUCGCGCUCAGAACCCCUCGGACGCCGGCUUCCCAGGACAGGAUUCUGCAGGAAGCUCAGAACCUCAUGGCCCUGACCAAUGUGGACACCCCAUUAAAAGGUGGACUUAAUACCCCUUUGCACGAGAGUGACUUCUCAGGUGUGACCCCACAGCGGCAGGUUGUACAGACUCCAAACACAGUUCUCUCUACCCCAUUCAGGACUCCUUCUCAUGGCUCUGAAGGGUUGACUCCCCGCAGUGGGACAACUCCCAAACCAGUUACUAACUCCACUCCGGGCAGAACUCCUCUUCGGGACAAGUUAAACAUCAAUCCCGAGGAUGGAAUGGCGGACUACAGCGAUCCCUCUUACGUGAAGCAGAUGGAAAGAGAAUCUCGUGAGCAUCUCCGUUUAGGAUUGUUGGGCCUCCCUGCCCCUAAGAAUGACUUUGAAAUUGUUCUGCCAGAAAAUGCUGAGAAGGAGCUGGAAGACCGUGAAAUAGAUGAUACUUACAUCGAAGAUGCUGCUGAUGUGGACGCACGAAAGCAGGCUAUACGAGAGGCAGAGCGUGUAAAGGAAAUGAAGCGGAUGCACAAAGCUGUCCAGAAAGACCUGCCAAGACCAUCAGAAGUAAAUGAAACUAUUCUCAGACCCUUAAACGUGGAACCACCUCUAACAGAUUUACAAAAAAGUGAAGAACUAAUCAAAAAAGAAAUGAUCACAAUGCUUCAUUAUGACCUUCUACAUCACCCUUAUGAGCCAUCUGGAAAUAAAAAAGGAAAAACUGUAGGAUUUGGUACCAAUAAUUCAGAGCACAUUGCCUAUCUGGAACAUAACCCUUAUGAAAAGUUCUCCAAAGAAGAGCUGAAAAAGGCCCAGGAUGUUCUGGUUCAGGAGAUGGAAGUGGUAAAACAAGGUAUGAGCCACGGAGAACUCUCAAGCGAAGCUUAUAACCAGGUGUGGGAAGAAUGCUACAGUCAAGUUUUGUAUCUUCCUGGGCAGAGCCGCUACACACGGGCCAACUUAGCCAGCAAAAAGGACAGAAUCGAGUCACUUGAAAAGAGGCUUGAGGUUCAGGGAGAUAGCCUUUCUGUGCAAGCACAAUACACCAUGGCUGCCAGUGUGUUUGAUUUUUGCUGCCAUGAACUUUGGAACAGUGAAUCUAAAUUACGGCCCUAUCACAGUGUAUCCAGCAAGAUGAAAUCCAGCUUUGUCGUGAUAAACAGGGGUCACAUGACAACAGAAGCCAAGAGAGCUGCAAAGAUGGAAAAGAAGAUGAAAAUUUUGCUUGGGGGUUACCAGUCCCGUGCUAUGGGGCUCAUGAAACAGUUGAAUGACUUAUGGGACCAAAUCGAGCAGGCUUACUUGGAGUUACGCACUUUUGAAGAACUCAAGAAGCAUGAAGAUUCUGCUAUUCCCCGGAGGCUAGAGUGUCUAAAAGAAGAUGUUCAGCGACAACAGGAAAGAGAAAAAGAACUUCAGCAUAGAUAUGCUGAUUUGCUGCUGGAGAAAGAGACUUUAAGUUCCAAAUUCUGAAGCAGAGUUUAUAUUCUGUCACAGGAUGAAUUAAUUGCUGGUUUUCAUACUCUGGAAGGCUGAAACUGAUGAUUAUCUUCAUUGACAAAUUUGCCCACAAUCUGUGGUUUUUCAGUUGUUUACUUUAAAUGAUAUUGAUCUUACACAGUCUACAUAUAAAGACUUUAACUCCAUAAGACGUUUUAGGGCUUAAAUUAUUAAGACGAUCAUUCUUUUAGCAGUGUCAUAUUUGCAAAAAAUUUUUUUAGUUUUGGCCUUUAAUUUUAAAAGCCUGAUUUUAAAGUGCUGCCUGUGAGUAAGCUCUUGAAUAAAAACAAAAUAUAAAAAAUUGAGAGUGUAGCCUUUUGUUUGAAGUAAUUAGAUACUUAGAGUGCCCACAAACCAGCAAGUAUGUGCUCUGUGUCAUAUGUAAUGAGUAACUCCGGGGCAGUCAGAAUGGCGAGGCAGUGGCUUAAUUCCGUUAAGAGGCAGUCCUUUUGUGGCCUUGUUAGUUUCAGCACAGAGUACUCAUUUCUCUGUACACUGACAGGGUGGAUUAGCAUUUUAAUACCUCAGGUUGCUUUUUUUUUUUUUUCUUUCUCCAGUAUAACUUUAAAAAGGUUUCUUCUUUGCCCAACUCUUCACACAGUUUAUGGAUUAGGACUCAGAAGAUUUAAUUUUUAUUAACCUGCUACGUUCUUUUAAAUGUCUUUUCGCUGAGGCAUGUUGAAAAUUAAUUUCAGUAAGGCUUUCACACUUUAUUAAAGCUUUGUGUUUAUCUUAGCAAGUUAAUUCCACACAAGUGUAGAAUUUGGGGAAUUGGUAGAAGUGGGAAGACCUGACUUUAUAAUUCACAUGAAAUCAUUUGGGGUAGUCACUGGUUAGCUACAAGCUCAGUAUAAACCAACAGUGUGUUGGACUUACCAGGACUAUUUCCCAGUCUUAAUCUGGGGAUUACGAGGAGGGAAGGAGGGGUUUAUUCAUUUCUUAGCUAAUUUAUUAACCCCCCAGCGUCAGAGUCUUGAAGACAGAACAGUGAGUAAAGUAGGCAUAACUCCUGGUGUGUGGCGCUUACAGUCUAUAGUGGGACUGAUGGACGAUUACAAUUCAGAUGUUUAUUGAGUGACUCUUAAGUACCAGGCACUGGAGAUAAACAGUUAAGACAGACUUCUUGCUCUCAUGGAGGUGACAUUAGUGGGAGGAGAUAUUCAACAUACAGGGAAAAGUAUCAGAUCAUGAAGUUUGAUUCUAUGGAAAGACUUAAAAUAUGGUGAUGGGAGACAGUGAUUGGGUGGUGACAAGAACAGCAUUUGAAUAAGGCCUGGUGGAUGUAUAGAGGCAUGUUUAGAAGGCCUUGGUAAGAAAUUUGGUUUUUAUUCUAUCAUGGGAAGCUGUGAGAAGAUUGUGAGCAAAGGAAUGACAUGAUCAGAUUUGGUUUAGAAACAUCCUGUGGUCUUACUGCAUAACCUCUCACCGGGCUGCGAUGGGUGAGGAAGCCACCGAGUUGAGCAUGAAGGUAAUGGCAGGCGAACAAUAAUAUGGACUCAGACCAGGACGGGGGCAGUCCUGGUGGGGGCAGGCGCGAGCACGUGGGUGGCACUCCGUCUGUAGCCUCCUCAGACUAUGUAUUUUUCUAGUUACCUAGUCACUUAAUUCUAGCACUUGCUUCAGUAAUUUCACAUGGGUUUUCUAGGAAACACUUUAUCAUCUGUGAAUAACAGUAAUGUUUCUCCUGAUAGUUUCAUUUUUGUUGCGUGUUUUGUUGGCACAAAUGUUUAGAACAGUUUUAAAUGACGAUGAUGGCAGACAUUCUUGUUUUGUUUCUGAUUUUCAUAGGAAUGUCCAUAAUAUUUUACUUUCAGGUUGGCUGUUUUGAGUUCUUCUUUAUCUAGAAAGGAAAUACCCAUGUAUUUUUAGUUUUUAAAGAUUCCGAAUUAGGAUUGGCUCUGGAAUUUAGUCACUUACACUUUUUGGGUAUUGCAUAAGAUAGCCAUGUGGGUUUUUUUCCAUUUGUAGAUGACAUAGCAAUCGAUGUUUCCAACAUGAAACAAUCUUUGGACUCCUGGAAACAGGUAGAUUAAUUAAAAAAUUUUUUUAAGAUAUACAUUUUACAUGCAUCUUAUGUAGACUUGAAUUAUAUGGAUUUUAAAAAGUUGAUCUCCUAUUAAAGACUCCUUUUGUUUUCAAAAUCUGAGGUAGUGCACGCAUUCUUAACAGCCCAAAGAAUGACCCAGGUUUGCAUAAUUUCAAAACUCGUGGUCUCAGUGCAUCGUGGACGGGUCCUGCUUUUGCUUUGUAGCCUCAAAGCUUUAAGUGGUUGGUAGAGAACUCUGCCCUCCUCCUUUGUUAGCAGCCCGUAAAGCCCAGCGCCCUUUACCAGCCCCACUCUGAGAGCGAUUUUGGGUGCUGUCUUCACAUUCACAUUUCUCAUUUUCUCUUACAGGCAUUCAUUGAGUGGUCUUGUGAAAAUUAGUGUUGAAAAACAUGUUCAAGUCUCAGUAACUUUGGGACAGAAAUUAAAUGUGAUAAAAAGCCAUCAAUCCCCCCUCCCCCAGCAUGAGUGGAAUCUCCUCUUUGAAAUAUUAGAAAUAAUGCCGAGAUACGAAAAUGCAGUGUCUACUACUAGCAAUUGUAGACUUCUGCUGUCCAGCCAUUUUAUCCUCCUAAUUUUUACAUUUGUUUUUCUGGGAAGAUUAGUUGUGAAAUUUGUGAGGUCAUACAGUGCAUUUCUCCUCAAAUGUGGCUGCCCUGUUGGUCCUAUAAAAUUUGAUUUACUAAUAUGUUAUUUAGGAAAAUGGCAUUUUUAUGUGAAUGAAUUUAGUCUUUUGGGCUCAUGUCUAGUUUUUAGCCUAGGGAUUUUGCUAGCUGUAUAAGAUAGGAUAACUGUAUAUAUUUUCCUUUGCAUCAAGCAAUUAUAUCAUCGGAGUGAUUGGUACCACUGAACAUUAAAGGAUCGUGCUUGUAAAACUUUUGCAUUGAGAGCUCUUUUGGAACUAUUUUCUUGAUAACUGUCAACUUUCUUCUGUGAUAUGUUACCUAUCUUUAAAUUUAAGUAUCUUCCAAUCUGAUUUUAAAAUUUUGUUUCAAAAUGUAUUUCUCCUUUUGUGUGUUAUUUGUUAAAGUUAAGUAAUUUAUGCUUUUCCAGAAAGUGGAAUUUUGUUGAAAUUUAAAACAUUUAUUAGCAGAGAAUUUGAAUAGAGUAAGAAAUUUUCUGUGUGAAGUUUGUUACUUUUAAAUUAUAAGAAAUGACCUUUUCUCAGUUUGACCGUUCCUUAUUUUUUCCUUGAUUAGACUUGCUGAAGGUAAUUUUUUUUCCCUUAAAAAAAAAAACAACACUGGUGUUUUGAUUUAUCAUGUGUGAUUUGUUUUAAAAAUAUUUUAAUUUCUCAUUUCUGUGUAUUUCUUUUGUUUUCUGUAGAUUUUUUUCACUGUAACUUUUUGAGUCUAAUGUUUAUUUUUUGUUUUUAUAUGUAUACAAAUGAAGGGUUUUAGUUAUCUCUGAUUUCAAAUAUGUUCCCAUCCCAGCUACAGUGAUGUGUCUUUUUUCCUAAGUAGUUUAUCAUUGUGUUUUAAACUUUUGGUUAAAUAAGAAUAUUUAAAAAUUUCUG